AUGGUUUUGAUAAUGGACGACGGGGACAGAGGAGGGUCCUCUUUUGUCAAACAUAACCAAGUUUACCCAAAAAGUAACAGUGAUUACGAUGGGGAGGACGAGAAGUCUUCUCCACAGUCGGACGAAUGUCUGGGAUCUUGUGAUUCUGAUGACGACGACGACGAUGUCUAUCAGGAAUUUGAGGAAUACGAAGACUUUUCCGAGUUGCCCGAUACUAAAAGUAUUGCUUCGGACGACUCAUUCUAUCCACCAGAUGACUCGCUUGCCUACGUGAGAUCCCCAUCUCCAGAGAGUCCGGCACCUCUAACCUUCUUCCAAGCGUGCUGUAACAAUAACGCUAUCAUAGUCAAAAUAAUGAUAAGACAAGGAGUUACUGAAGAGGAGGUCAGAGAGACAGAUAGAAACAACAGGACAGGACUCAUCGUGGCCUGUUACCAAGGUUACGUGGACGUUGUCAUCGCCCUAUCUCAGUGCCCCUACGUCGACGUCAACUGGCAGGACAACGAAGGGAACACCGCCCUCAUCACUGCUGCCCAGGCCGGACACAUAAUGAUCUCCAACUACCUGCUCAACUACUUCCCUGGGCUUGACAUUGAGCGCAGGAACUGCCACGGAUUCACCGCCAUGAUGAAGGCCGCCAUGCAGGGGCGGGCAGACUGUGUCCGCGCUCUGAUGCUGGCAGGCGGAGACCUGGAGGCGCGCGACUACGGCAGGAAGCUGACCCCGCGGCAGUGGGCCCUGUUCACCGGCCGCCGCGAGACGGCCUACCUCAUGCUGCGUCUGAUGGCCCAGCCGUGCGCCGAGCAGUUCUGCGACACCUACCGGGCCGAGUGGCCGCAGCUGUCCGAGCUGGUGGCCAAGGCCCGCGAGCCCAAGGGCUGCAUGAGGAAGGUGGCAGAGAAGGUCUGCGGCGCCUUCUCCCUCACCCUGACCACCAAGACCAACGCCCAGGAGGACGGCGUCCUGGACCACAUGGUGCGCAUGACCACGGGCCUGGCCAGCCCGUUUGUGGCGGUGGCGUGCCGGACGGUGAGCCCGGGCAGCCCGCCCUGCCUGGGGAAGCGGCGCUACGCCGUACAGGAGAUCCUCCGGCGGCAGCGGGUGGCGGAGCUGCGCAGCCUGGGGCCCGAGCGCCUCAACAACUACAAGCGGCUCUUCCAGAACUCGCGCGUGACGCUGGUGCCCCGCAAGGCGGACCGGCGGGCCAGCCUGCAGCCGCAGCUGCUGCGUGAGGCGGCGGCGGCCGCCUCGGCCGUGGCCAUGCGGCGCAGCAGCCUGCUGCCGCUGCACAUGGUGCGGCGGAGCAGCGUGCGGCCCGGCAUGGUGGUGCCCAAGGUGCGCAUCUGCAAGGCGCCGCCGCCCACCUACGAGCCCGAGAAGGUGGGCCGCCGCAAGGGCAGCAGCGCCAAGGACGCGCAGCACCUGCAGAUCCCCAAGUGGAGGUACAAGGAGCUGCGGGAGGAGAGGAAGAAGGCCGAGGAGGCGGAGCGGAGGAGGCUGGACAUGCUGAGCCGGAGACACUUCACCAUCGGAAACAGGAAGUGA